UUUAACAGAUUUGUCUUCCAGGAUACAGGCUCCAGGUGGAGCUGGGAGUUGGACAAGCUAAACAUUUACUUGCUGACUGAUGUUUUUACACAGGGUUACAGGUUGGAGUAUGGCUGCUCCAAGUGGGAAACCCUGGAGAUUGUUUUAGGGAGACUGUGCAACAUUCUAUGUCUCAUUGGGAAGUUGACACAUGGCGGAAGCCAUGUGGGGAGAGGAGUGUUAUUUUUAAAUCUGUAGAUGUCGUGAGGUGCCAUGACGAGAAGGAGUGACUGAGGAGAUCGUCUACAAGAUGGGAGCUGAGGCCAGGAGAGAGUCUUCAGGAGGAUCAGAGAUCACCUUCAGCACAGCAGACAUCGCGCAGGAGAUCGUCAUGAGGAGACUCUGCACAGCAAAAUUUUAAAUGAAAUGAAAGAACGUUGACGUUGAGGAAGACAACUAAGGUGUACGACGUGCUCUGCCUUAAAAUCUUCAGCAGCGUUGGAACGUCAGAAUCGAGGGAUGGAGAGAGCGUGCCAAGCUCCAAAAGUGACAGCGCAGAGGAAGUCCAGCGAUGGAAUUGUGAUUCUGUGAACAGCACAAAUGAUUUGAUGCUCUGCAGAGAAGCCUUCUGCAUGGGAAAAGAUGUAAACAGACGAGCCUUUCAUCUAAAUUUAUAUCAUGUCAACUUGUCUAGGCUGGUUAAGGGGAAACUGGAGAGAAACGGUAGUGUUAGGUGUGAUAACUGUUGUUAUUGUAACUGUGAUUUUUCUUAUAAGUGAAUUGCCCAGAGACAGACCCGAAUCCAUUCCGGCGACUCCACCAUCACAGGCCACGGCGAAGCGAACCAAACGUAGGGAAACAGGUAAAUCAGAUGAGUGUUUUGAUUAUUAUGGCGGUAUAGAGUUGGACCACGUUAAAGGGUCCACAGCUUCGUAUACAUUUGAUCUUUGUGCUGUCAUUAAAAGUAAAGGUUUAAACAGUUCAUGGCGGGGAUAUGAUGUCUGGGCCCGCUCGAUCCGUGGUGUACUUAUUCAUAGGAGUAGACGUCUCAGGGAAGGACCCAUACGGUCUGGUUAAAAUUAAUUUUAGAGAUUUUGCACCUGAUGUGGCUGAAAUAAUUGUAUUAACACCUCCCCCACCAUUGUCACUUUCAGAAUCGGGCCCACAAAUACUUGAGGUAGAUUAUACGAGACUCGAACCUAAACAGUUCAUUUCAAUGGCCACUGGCUAUCGUGAAACCAAUCUGUGGCCAGACUGGCUCAUCCAAAAUGCUAGAGAACAAAAUGUUUCAGAUUGUGUGGCGUGCGCAGCUGCCCGCCCACAUCUUUUCACAAAACCAGCUCCUCUAUAUCCCGAAGACCAGUGGGGAUUUGAGUGCAUGCUCAGACUCACCAGAGAAGCGGCUUCUGAAGGUAAUUGUACUAGGUUAGCAGGUUUGUUUUUACCAAUAGGUAAUGAUACUGUACUUGGUCUUUUCACACUGAGAAGACCCAACUACACAUGUUUUAACUUUACUGUAUCUUUCCCUGACAGACAUGAGCAUGAGGCUGGGGAGAUUAUCGCCGAUUGGUGCACUGUGACGUACCUGGCCAGAGGCAAGGUAUCAAAAGACACCGGCACCGAAAUAGGCCUGUGGGCACGUGUUGGUUUGUAUUAUUAUUAUGGUGGGUACAGACUGUAUGUUAGAAUUUCUAGUGGGACUUUUGGUCUCUGUGCCAUGGUACGUAUAGGUGCACCACUCGUUUUAGUAGGAGAAAAGGGGGUGCGGCUGGCUAAGCCCGGCACUGCUCAACUGACAGCCACGCGCAGACGACAUGUGUUGGCCAAACAGUCACCAGGAUCGUUUGACCUUACAAUAGGAUCACCAACAUACAGAGAUGCUAUUGGGGUUCCUAGGGGUGUGCCUAAAUGAAUUUAAGUUAGCGGACCAAAUUGCUGGAGGAUUUGAAAAGCUUCCCAUAUUUCCCGAUGUUUGGGGAUAUAUAGUGUACUUUUAUUUUAAAUAACACAGCUCCAGACAGCUCUGUGACUCGAACUCUGGAAGGCCUAAAGACGUUGUCCACCACGAUGUAUGAGCAUUCGGGAGUGGAUAACCUGCUGGAAGCGUGGAUGACCUCUGUCUUUGGGCAAUGGAAAGGUUUCAUUAUGUCAAUUAUGGUUUCUUUGUCUGUUUUUACUGCAAUAUUAGUGACGUGUGGGUGUCGUUGUGUGCCUUGUAUCAGAGCUUUGUUCGUAAAGACUCAUCAAUCGUGCUGUGGGAGAAUCUGAUACAAAGUCCAACAUCAGGAGACCACUUUUGGGAAAUGGGGAGUCACAGUAUGAAAACAUUAUGGUGAAAGAUUUAGUGUAGUUUUAUCUGCCAUAGGGCAGAUAAAAAGGGGGAUUUGUAGAAAUGUUUAGCUUAUUUUAGAGUUUAGACAUGUAGGAAUGUUUAGUUUGCUUUAGAGUUUAGAAAUGUGUUAAGAUAGAAUGUAGAAUUAUGGUAGAGACACUGACA